AUGGGUCAGACAGAGAGCAAAGGCAAUGGAGGCUCUCACUUGAAUCAUCUGCAACAGCAACAUCAACAACAACAACAACAACAACAUCAACAUCUGGACCAACUACAACAACGUCAAUUGAAUCAUUCGAUAAUUGCAGAGUACAUUACAACACCUGGUGGACCCACCUCAACAGACAGCAAUGAGGACUCUGGAGAUAUAGACAUGGAGCACACUGGUAAACUUACCAAUAUACCAUAUACAUCAUUCAGCUAUGAUAAACAACAACUACAACAACAGUCACCUCCACAACAAGUACAACCACAACAACAACAACAACAACAACAACCACAAGGAAUCAUUGAUCUAUCACAAUUGAACCAAGAUUACUACCAAAUACCAAUGCGACCUCUUGUCAUCUCAUCAGCACCACUAGCUCACCAUGAAGAAAUGGAACCUGAAGAAGUUAUAAUGUCCAAGUUACCAGUGAUGAUGCCUUGCUUCACAGACUCUCCAAAGCAUGACCUUCACAUUGACAAACAACAAUACAAGAAUACAUACAGCCCAUUUGGAGAACCUUUACUACUGGACAAUGACUCAAUGUCAAGGGUGUUCUCCAUAUUCAAGGUCUAUCUUCAAGAGAUCAACAUUGACCUUGACAAAAGACAGAACAAGCUCAACAAGAAGAUCAAAGAGAUGGAGAUGCUCUGUACCAAAGCCAAUCAACUCAUGAUAAAGCACUCCACAUUCAUGAAGCAAGUCAUUGUAACAUUACCAGAUGUAAAUAAGCUUAACCAGAGUGUCAAGGAUACUCAACAGAACAUGGACUCUGUCCUACAAGCCAUAGACCGUUUGACAAGAAUCUUGCCAGACAACAUGCAACAGGAAGCAUACGAAGAGUAUACAGAGACAUUACAAAAGUCACCAAUGUACAACAGUCCAAUACAGACAUCAAGCACCACCAGCCAAUCAGAAGGAGGAAAUUUCAUAAUCAAAGGAGUAUCAAGUAUGAUACAAAGAGUAAAGGACCGUAAAUCAGUUUGGAUCAACGAUAUACUACCUCAACUAAACGCGAUCAAACACACUGCUCGAGUCAGAGAGUAUACCAGAAAAGGUAUUGACAAGGAUAUCAGAGGACUGGUAUGGCAGACGGCAAUUGAGAAUCGACUGAACAUUGAGCCACAGCUCUACACACGCUUCCUCGACAAGUGGGCCGCCUACAUUGACCUGCCCAACGUGGCUACAGAGCACGCACACAUGCAACAACAGCAACAGCCUCAUUUCUUUCUCUCACCAUCACCACUGUCACCACCGAUUGGCUUCAAUUCGACAGAGGAAGCCAUCCUCAAGAGCUUCUCAAUGAUUGACGUGGAUCUUCCUCGAACAUUUGCCUCUUUCUACUUGGUGAAUAGCGAAUCCUCUCAUUUUAGGAAGCAGCUUCAACGUAUCCUCAAGGCCUAUGCCAACUUUUCACCAAAGAUGGGAUAUGUUCAAGGCAUGUCCUAUCUUGCUGCCAUCCUACUACUACACAUGGAGGAGUAUCAGACCUUUGUCUGCUUUGCCAAUCUUUUGAACAACAGAUUCCUACAAUCUCUAUUCCAGAUGAGGAUACACGAGGUGGACAUAUAUAUGAAAGGAUUCGAUCAAAUGCUUUGUAAUAGUAUACCAAGAGUGUACGAACACUUUCAAGACAUUGGCAUGGUACCUCAUCACUAUCUCAUUCAGUGGUGGCUAACAGUCUUUUGUCAGUCACUUCCACUGCAGACGGCAAUUCGAGUAUGGGACUGCUUCAUCGUCGAAGGAAACCUCUUCCUAUUUGUCACUGCACUUGGCAUUCUAUACCUCUACAGGAAGCAGCUGGAGGAGGGCAGUCUGGAGUUCUGUAAGAACUUCCUCUCUGACCUGCCGUCUGAUCUGGACGCAGACCUACUGUUUAAAGCAGUUGACAACAUCAACAUACCAUACUGCGCCCAGGUGCUAUCUCGUUCAGAGAAGGAGCUCAAUGACGACAAGGAUCUCUUGAUCAGGAGUAGUCCUGUGUAUAAUUACAACAUCAGUAGCAGCGAUGAUGCCAAGCGAGACCGUAAAUUCAAUGAUGAUGAGGAUGGAUCUCCACUGGAUACACUAAACGAUAGUUUGCUGCCAACUCCCAAUUGA